AGUGUGGUUGCGAACGUGUCGUUUGGCAAAUCUUGUCUCCAAUAGAACGUGCGGCUAGGCGUGGCGUUUCUGAACGAAUAGAAGAAAAGUAAAAGCCACGUUACGGGCUAAUACACACCUGUGAAUUGUUUGUACCGUUGAUUUUAUGUAAAGUAUGAUUCUGCCUUUUCGCAUCUCCGCAAUACAAACCAUCGCUUCCCGAAGACGAGCAUCGGGUCCGUAGCGUGCUUUCUUCUCUUUCCUUAUUUUUAUGCGAAAGUCAAGGCAGAACACUCUUUUCUCUCUCAUCACUAGCUUUUUUUUCCCCACCCCUCUCUUGUGCGUUGUGAAGAUUAAGCCACACCAGGGUGAUUGCGUAGCUCUCAUUUCGUUCGGCCCGGGAAGCACCUCGAACAGCUUUUGCACUCAAGAUGCCUCCAAAACAGGCCAAAGCGCAGGCCAAGACGAAGGCUGCGGGAGGUGACGCCAAGGCAGGAAAAAAAAACGCCACAGCGAAGAAGUCAGCAGCGAAUGGCACUGCUGCCGGAGUCACGGCCCCGCCAGCGGCAGCGCCGGCUGUCGUCGACGGCAAGGAAAUCUGGAUGGCAACGGAUGCGCUGCAGAAGACAAAGGCUAUGCGGAACUACUUCCAACUCGAGCGCGACCGCAUUAUUGCUUUUUGGAACAUUUCCAAGAAGGACCUGGAAGAGGUGAAGGAGGCGCUGCGGGAAAAGGAGCAGGAGAAGCAGGAGCACACGGAGCGCCACGCGGUGGAGAAAGAGGUGUUCAAGCAGAAGAUUCGCCAUCUGCUCUAUGAGAACCAGCUGGAGCUGUCCAGCAUGAAAGAGGAGGCGCACCGUGCGCUCGUCAACAAGGUGGAGGAGUACCGCGCGGCGGAGAGUAGCAUCUCCCGCGACCUGCGCGACGCGAAGCUGGCCGAUCGCGAGCUGGAGGUGCGGCACCUCGAACAGCAGCGCGCCUUGUCGACCCAGCAAGACAAGGAAAUCGCAGAGCAGCAGGCGCAGUUUGAGCGUGAGAUGAAGGAGAUGCAUCUGAAGUACGAGCAGCUGCUGAAGAGCGCACGCGAGGAGAUGGACGAGGCACGCAAAGAGGAGAUCGGCCGUAUAGAGGAGCGCAAGGAGCAGCACAUCGCGGAGCUGAAGGAGACCCAUGAGCGCACCUUCAAGGAGAUCAAGGACUACUUCAGCGAAAUUACCUCUAACAACUUAGAAACGAUUCGCACGCUGAAGGACGAGGUGUACGCGCGCAAGCGGACCGAGACGCACAACGAGAAAGCGAUGUACGAGGUCGCCCAGCGCAAUAAAAAGCUGACGGAGCCGCUGGCAAACCUGCAGCAGCAGAAGAAAAACUUAGAGAUUGAGCUCGAAAAUUACUUAGCGGACAAGGAGGCAUUAGCAGAGGUGAAGCGCCGGGUCAAGAACACCGACCAAGAGUACAAGACUCUUUCGUGGGAGCACGAGGUGCUCACCCAACGGUACGCUAAACUCGUGGAGGAUCGCGACAUAAUCUUGAAGAAGUACAACGCGAUGCUCCAGGACAUUCAGCGCAAAUCCGCGUUUCGUCGUGUGCUCAUUCAGAAGAAGCUCGAGCUUGUGCAGACCGAACUGGACGGCCGUGAUGCAAAGCUGACGGAGCUGCUGAAGCGCGCCAACAUCAACCCCGACGAUAUGAAGGAGCUGGAGCAGAAGGUGCAUGACUUAAUUUCGGAGAAGGACAAGACGAUCGACGAUCUGCAGCUGCUGCUGCUGCGCCUCACCACACAGUGUGAGCGUGUGACCUCCAUCUACGAGUCGUACAUGAAGGGAAGCAACAUACGCGACAGGUCCGAGACGGCGAACGCGACGACGGUUGCUUCGGGUGCCAUGUGA